AGUUACAGUUGGGCUGCGGUCGUGAGUCGACGUCAGUGCAAAAAAAUUGUGAACAGUUGAAAAAUUACAUUGGCUGAAAAAUGGGCGAGAAGAAGCGAAAACAGGCCAAAUCGGCUGAUGUAGAGAGUAGCGAGCCUGGACAAAAUUCUCAAAGGGCAGAAAUUCAGAAUUUUGCGAAACAAUGCAAAACCGAGAUUUCAUAUAGAAACUUGUGCCAGUCGAUGUUCCUCACUGUGAUUUUAUUUAUUCUCUAUGUCUGUGGAUUGAUCUAUGAAUGUUAUUUGAUUAUUCACCACUACAGCGAGGGAGAUUAUUGGCAUUGCGGGUUCAUCUCGCUUUUUGUCGUUAUCACAUCUUUUUUAAUGACUGCUAGAAGUUACUUAUUUUAUAAUAAAACGGGAGACACAUACAACGCCAGAAAUUGGUUGCCAAAGGAAGAGUAUACAUUUUUCAACUGGGCAAUCAAGUGGAUAUUGGGUGCUGUUUGCCUUAUUCCCAGGUAUUACUUUAUAAUGAAAUACACCUGGAAAACUAUACUAGCAAAGAGAAUGAAUAACGCUGCCAAAGACAUUUACUUCGUCGCCAUAAUUUGGGAAGAUGCCGAGUUGACGAUACUAUGCCAGUUUGAUUGUUUCGUGAAAUCGGCCUCGCAACUUUUGCUGAACCUUUACGUCGCGGAGAAAGAGGGUUUUCAUUUCAAAGAUUAUUCAUCUGUUUUUUUAAUUAUCUCCGUCAUAAGUUUGACGUUGUCAUUGGUCUCUUAUGACCAAAAAAUCAGUUUAAUGAAGGGAAUCAAAGGCGACAAUGAAGACCAAGAGAACCGAUCGAAUGGCAUCGUCAUAGAUUUCCAGACGUUUCCUGCCAAUCCUACCAUCAAUUGCAUAAAAUUGAUCAAUUGGAAACAGAGCGCCCUUCUAUUCUUCGCUAAUUUAUUUUCCAUAGUUGCGCGAUUCACUGCCCUAAGCUUAUUUUCGUCCGUCUACGGUUGGUAUAUUUGGCCGGCCUGCUUUGCCCACCAAAUCACAAUAUUCGUCUUGCAUUGGAAAAAAAAUUACGGUUUCAUGGACUCGUUAAGAUUGUCUUUCUUGCACGUAUUCGCCUACUUGCAUCCACUCAAAACCAAGUUGGACCAAGAGAAACACCCUCGAUUCGACCCCGGCAGAUAUCUAACUAUCUGUUUCAUCCAGAAUGUAACCCUCAUGACAUUGUGGAGUCUAAUUUUUCUCCCGUCUUCUACCUGGAACGAACCGACAUUCCUAGUUCCUUGGAUCGUCCAAAUUGUGGCGAGUAUGUUCAGUUUCGUAUUUUUCUAUUUUUUGAAAACGGUCCAACAGAAAGAGGCCUAAUUAAUUUUCUAAAAGAAGAUUUUACUUUUAUUAUGUAAAGACCAAUACAAAGUUCAAGUUUUCUUCUAAUAAACAUUUGACGAUAAAGAAUAUGUAAAAUCUGUAAUCAAUUCAACAGGAUUCGUAAUGUGACUAUCCGGAUGUGGUUAUAACAAAAUACAAAAAAACAUUGACA